AUGGAGGCCGAGAGAGAGUCUGAUCCAAGUUUCCAAUCUCACUUAACGAUUGUUGGUCAAGUAACAGGAAAAGGAGCACCCGUUGAUGUUGCUUAUGAGAACCCUAGUGACCCGAGGCAUUCAAAGAUUCGUUUGACUCAUGAUCAAGGGGAUCAAAGUGAGGUCAGAGCAGAAGAUGAAAAGGUUGAAUUAAACCUUCUUGAACCAGUUAUGUGCGAGCAGACACCGGUCGGUGUUGCUAUUGGUCUGGCUAGAACCUCCAUAGAUGGCUUAGCAUGGUACGUGAAGACAACCCUUAUCGAGGAAGGUCAAAGCGCAGGCUGCACCAUCACCACUUCCUUGCUAUCACUUGCCAUGAAAAAGCCUGUGAGGAAAGAUCUUGCAAUGACCGGAAUGAUAACUGAAACCGGUAGGAUUCUUCUAGUUACCGGCGUGAAGGAGAAGACAAUAGGGGCAAGACGGAGCCAAGUAAAGACGAUAAUAUUCCCGGAAGCUAACCGUAGAGAAUUUGACGAGCUCGAAGAAAACAUGAAAGAAGGGCUCGAUGUUCAUUUCGUGGAAGAGUAUGAGCAGAUUUUCAAGCUAGCAUUUGGCUAUGACCACCAUUAG